UUAUUUUUUUAUAUGAACCAAUGAAUUAAGAGUUAAUUUAUUUGCAUAUAAAAAUUGUCAUGAUCAGUAUGCUGGCUAUGUCUGUAUCCUGAGGUCAGAGGUCAGAGGUCAGGUGGUGACCCCGGGAAUGUAGCGUCAAAGCCGGCUGGUUGCUAACAAGUUGCUAAAGACGCCUCUUAAAACGUCAUGGGAAAUAAACGGUGGAGCGGGGGAGAAGCAGAGGGAAAGGCGGGAAAAGAUUCAGAGAAACUGGAAGUUGAACAAACAAAUAAACAAACCAUCCAUCUUGCCUUUUUUUUUUUUUUUUUCAAAAGCCGGCCACUCGUCUUGCUAGCAUUAGCAUUAGCAUUAGCCCGGAGAGGACGAUGCUAACGUGGCUGAGGAGGACAGUAACGGCAGCCGUUAACGUUAGUUCAGCCAAAGCCCUGCCACCUGCUUACCUGCCCCACCCUCAUCUACACCUGAGACAGUGACCAGUUUAUCAGCCCCGAAAUGUAUUUAUUUUUAUUCACUUUUUUACCUUUUUUCCCGCAUUGCGAGAAUUAAAAAUGAAUGGAGAGCAAGGACGAGGAAACGCCUUCUCAACACUGACAGUCAGACACCAGGACGUUUAAAGAUGUGGAGGAGGUUUUCAGGGAGAAAAAGCCAGAAAGAAGAGCAUUACAUGAGCUCGGCGCUCUCUGCCUCACUGCGGCGGGAUGACAAUGACUUGAAUGCUGAUUAUUGUGGAGAUCGACAAAGGAGACAAGGAAAGGAGGAGAUGAACCGUUUCCUGAGAGCUGGGCAGAAUGGAGGGCUGCUGACCGACUGCAGGGAGCUGUCACCCAACCACACCGUCUCCUCCUCCUCCUCCUCUUCCUCCUCCUCCUCCUCCUCCUCCUCCUCCACCGCCUCCUCCAUCUCCAUCACCUCCUCCUCCUCCUCCAGCGCCGCUGGCUCAGCCGACAGACACGCGGCCCUGCCCUCGCUCCAGACCCGGGGACCUGGCGGCGGCGGCUGCAGCGGCGGGUCGGAGCCGAGGAGAUCCGCGCUUAAACGCAGCCGAGCCGGCCGGGAGGGACGAGAGGAACCGGAAGCGGCAGCGGCAGCGGCAGCGGCGGCGGAUCAGUCAGCGGCUGCCGUCGCGGUGCGCGGCGGCGGCGGUGGUGGAGAGGUGUGCGUCGGGAAGCAGCAGCAGCAGCAGCAGCGGCGUCGGGAGGCUCAAGGACGCAGCGUCGGUGGAGAAGGUCUGGAGAUGAUUUCAGCGGUCAGCAGAGAGGCGGACGGCGGCGGCAACAAUAACAACAACAGCGUCUCCGAAGUGACUACGGCCUCUCCUUCUGCGACAUGCGCCAAAGGCAAGGAGGAGAGGAAGGGGAAAAACGUGAUCCGGGGCUGGAAGAGGGAGAGAGACAGGGAGAGGGACAGGGAGAGGGACGCCGCCGCUCCCCCUGCCGCUCCUCCUGUCCGGACUAGGAAGGAGAAGCCCGGCGAUGGCUCGUCUCCUCCUCCCUCCGUCUUCCUCUCGUCGUCCGCCCUGCCCGAGCAUCAUCUGUGCCGCGACGGCCCCGGACACUGCCACUGCGCCUCUCCGGACUCCAGAAUCAUGGGAGAUAAUAGCAACACUAACAACGUAAACAAUAACAACAAUAGCGGGAGUAACGGCGGCGGUGCUGCCAAUAAAACCGCGCUGGAUUGUGGAGUUAAAAGCGGCGGUGGCGCUAUUGUUGUCAGGCGGCAGCAUGACGACACACCGGCCGCCAAGAAACACAGAGGAGCCGAGAAGGUGGACCCCAUGUUCACGGUGCCAGCUCCCCCUGCUCCAGGCCACCCCGGAGCCCCCGGCUCCUCCCUGCCCUCGGCGCCUUCCUUCUCCCCUCCAGCCCUGCCCACCUCCAACCCCAAGCAGAUGGCGGUGAGGACGAGGUCUAUCGGCACCAACACCCAGGAUGGAGGCGCGUCAGCGGCGCUGGAGGGCGACUCGGCCUGUCUGGGGCCCUGUCAGCCUGGGACCAGCGUCAACCUGGAGGGCAUCGUCUGGCACGAGACGGAGGAAGGUGUGCUGGUGGUGAACGUGACGUGGAGGAAGAGGACCUACGUGGGAACUCUGUUAGACUGCACCAAACACGACUGGGCUCCUCCGAGGUUUUGUGAGUCUCCCUCCAGUGACCCUGAGUUGCCAGGUGGGCGUGGCCGAGGGAAACGGAUGCGAAUGGCCAUGGCUGAUCGGCCCUGCAUUGAGCCGGCCCCCGCUGCCAAAGUCAGGGGUCUGUCGCAGCACAGGAGCCGUGGAGGUGGUGUGGCUGGAACCACUGCACCUAUCCACAGCAAGGGACGGAGAGGCAGCCUGAACCUCAUCAACAGCAACUGCCGAACUCCUCCUUCUUUCUUCACUGUGGAGGAGGUGAAAUCCUCCAACAGCGCCUCCACCCUCUCGUCUGGGAAGCGAAAGAACAAACCGCCGGCUGACCUGGACCUCAGCCUUGUCGCUGCUGACGAAAUUAAAAAUGGAAACGGGAAGCGGAUUCGCGCCAAAUCCCGCAGCGCCCCGUCCACGCCGCAGGGCAAAUCUGACCCUUCAUUCAUGGAUCCAGGAGGAGGUUGUGCUUCCUCACCACCUCCCCCACCCAUUCUCAUUGACUGCCCUCACCCCAACUGCACUAAACGCUAUAAGCACAUCAACGGACUGCGCUACCACCAGACACAUGCGCACCUGGAGGCUGAAGAGCAGAGGAAGCCUGAGCUGGAGCCCAUGAAGGAUGGGGAGAGUGAGGAACGACUAUCAGACUGUGAGGACACCAUCAGCAACAUGACAUAUGACCUCUCAGAGACAAACAACAGCACUAAUGCCAACAGUUCCUCAAAGAAACCUGCUCCUCUGUACAAGGUUACCACAGUAGGGUCCCCUAAGAACAGACGGCUACUCCUCAGUACCGACCACAGCCCCACAGCCAACUCCAAAACCAGAAGAACCUCACUGCUAAAAGAUGGGCUGAUCGAUGACCUCAGCAAUCUGCCCAUCAUCUCCAACAUGACCGUGGUUCUCGAGAACUGCAUGGUCCCAGACAGGAACUCCACGGUCGAGAUGCCCAAGCUGGAAGCUGAAGGUUUGAUCGACAAGAAGGGAGGUGCAUGUGAUAAGGGCAAGAAGGCCAAUGGGAAGGUAGAGAAGCUGUCCAAGUCACGGACCAACCGGCCAAUCGCUCCAGCCCCUGCUCCUCCCAAACUGAUCGCCAUACCCAACGCAACGUAUCCCUCUGGCACAGCAGAUACUGCCACCUCACAGCAGCCGUCUCCCAUGGCAGCCGUGGGCCUCACGAGUAAAAACCUUCCCCUGAAACCCAUCAAACCAAAGCUGAGCAUCGUUGUGGAGCCGAGCCUCGUCAAAGCCACGCUGGUCACCUGCAGCAAAGAGACCAGGAAGAAAGAGAAACGGAGGCUUAAGGACAAACAUAAAGAUGCGCCAAUCAGAACGCCCAAUGGAGACAGUGGUGGAAUCAAAAUGGAAGAUGGUGGUGGUGGAUCCAAAAUGGGUGUCAAGGAGAUUUCUGGAAGCCUUCUGAAGGAGCACCUCAGUAAGCAGGAUGUGAUGAACGGACUCACUGAAAGCCAGGAGAGCAGGAUGGCGAGUAUCCGUGCAGAGGCCGACAAGGUCUACACCUUCACUGACAACGCCCCCAGUCCUUCCAUUGGAGGUUCCUCACGGCUAGAUGCAAGUGGUAGUUGCCUGGCAACAGCAGACAGCAGCAGCAAGAACAACAGCCCCGCCUACUCUGACAUCUCAGAUGCCGGGGACGAUGGGGGAUCUUCCGAAUGUCGCUCGGAUGGACUCAGAUCCAAGUCUGCCUCCUCGGCCUCUUCCGAGGUGAGCUCUAACAGUAACCAUGGUAACUCUGGUAAAACCCCACCCACAGCAUCUGCCCCAUCAUCUAAAGACUCCCAAUCCCCGUACUACCACAGCUACGAGCCCUACUACCUGCAGGGGUACAUGCACUCGGACAGGCAGAACAGCAGCAGCGUCGCUUUCCACAAAAGCUCUUCCCAUGACGGCAAAGGGAAAGACAGAAAGGAAGAAGUGAAAGAGGAUGACAAAAGCUCCUCCCACGAGUUCACAGACUCUAAGAAAGGCGACGGGCCGCCUCAGUCUCAGCUCCAGUUGGCCAUGAGUCAGACCCAGACCGCCUUGGCCCAGUCCCUGUACUAUGGCCAGUACUCCAGAGGACUUUACAUGGACCAGAAACUGUUACUGGCCUCCAAAUGCUGUGACCAGACUCCCAGUGCCAAGCAGAGGGGCGAGAGGGGGCAGGGGUUGAGAGACAGUGAGGACGUUAAACAUAUGGUUGGGGGUUCAGUCGGGGGACCCAUGCUAGGUAAAGGUCCAGACGGCGCUAAAGGUUGCUGUCCCAAACCCGUCCUGUCCUACGUGGAGAUGAGUGAGAGAGGAGAAAGGGGACAGAGUCUGGGCUUAAAGGCUGUGCACGGUGGCAUGGUGGACCAGCACCAGGUCUCGAUGAAAGACUGUGAUGACAUCAAGUCACCCUCCUCUUCCUCUUCUUCAUCACUCCACAACCCAAACAGUCAGACAGAUCUGGACUCAAAUGUUUCCUUUUCCAGUCCCUCAGACGGCCCCGCCUGGGCUCACCGCCUCGCUCACAGCAAAUACUCAGAGCUACAGAGUCAACAUGGAGAGGAGGCCGAGGAGGGUGAAGCAGACAGGGGGAAAGAAUGGGGAGCUACCGUGGAGCCUGCCGGGGCCAAGAUGACCUCAGGAGGAGGAGGAGGUGGAGGAGGAGAGAGAGGAGCAGGUGUGGGCGGGGACGCUAAAAAAGCCAGGCUCCACGGAUCCCACGAUCUCCCGCCUGUCAUCGACGCAGAGGAUCCGGACCGGCUGGAGGGGCUGGAUGAUCAAGGCCAGGAGCCAAUAGGAGUGCUGUCUGAGGAGUCCCAGAGCGCCCGGGCAGCUGUGUCUCCUCCCAUGACCCCCCAGCAGCCCUACAUCCAGUACCAGCACUCCUCCUACCCGCCCUACCUGGCAAUGUGUGAGAGCGGUGGGGGCUCCUACAGAGGGGUGUCCCCAACCCUGGUCCACAAUUACCCAGGUUUCCACUAUCCUCUGUACGGUAAGACAGCGGGCAGGGAGGAGUCGGAGGUGACUCCACCCGGCAGAGGAGGAGCAGUGAGCGGCAAGCAGAGCGGCGACUCGUCCUCGUCCUCAGCCAUGGAGCUGCUGCAGCAGCAGAGCCAUCAGUACCACGGAAAAUCUCCUGCUCCUGGUGAGAAGGGUUCCCCCGAGGCAGAGCGAGAGACGGAGAGAGAGAGGAACCACGUGUCGUUCGCCCGACACCUCCACACACACCAUCACACACACCUGGGUAUGAGCUACAACCUGAUGUCAGGACAGUAUGACAUCUACCAAGGGUUGAGCUCCAGGUCGCUGGUCUCCAGUCAGCAGGUGUCAGGACACUCCUCUACUGAGGGCGAAGGGAAGAAGUAGGACCAUGUGACCACGUCUCACAUGAGGAAUGGCAGAUUUAUCAGACAUCAAUUCCAUGGUGUUGAAUAAGCUUCGCCUCGCUGAGAGGCAGAGAACAAAAAACAAAAAAACCUCUUUCAUUUCUUACUAAUGACAGCCACCUGUUUUAUAACACAUCAUCCAGGAGCAGAUGGGCCGGCAGAGGGACGGACACGUGAAUGGGAACCAGGACCGGGACCUUUUUUGAAGGAGUAACUACCUGUACAAAUCCAGAACCACAGACUUUUGAAGCUUUCAGUUUUGCAGAGUUUUGACAGAAGCAGGCGGCGCGUGUGAAACGAAACAUCCCAGAGCGCGGCGCACUCCGCCCGACCGCGGCUGUGGUGUUCAACUUUAUAAGAUGCACAUUUAUCGUAGUGUAUUAUGAUGAUGAUAUGACUGAAUGUACUGAUGAUGACUUACUUUAUCCCAAUAGUGUUGAUCGUUUUUUUAAACUUCAAUUGGGAAACAGCAUUAGGAAGCUAAAAAGUCUAUUAUUAUCCUUAUUAUUCUCAUUAUGAUUAUUGAAGUGGUCCUCCUCCCUCCAUAGUGCUGACACUACAUUUGUAUUACUAACCUGUACUUGAGCGUAACCAUGUUGAUUGUAUUGUCUUUAUGUGAGAGUAAACCUUCACAUCGACCUGCCCAGUGCCAUGUAGGAACCCAGUGGUGUAUAUAUUCUGUACAGAUUCAUGGCAGAGCACUAACAUGCUUUAUCGUACUCUAUGUUGAUCUCCAUCAGCCAUGCACGGGAGCAGCAGGCAGAGCAGGGGAAACCAGCGCGAACAGAACCACCAUGUGUGCACCAGCUGAGCUCAGUUCUUCUGCAGCGGUUCGUCCCGGGGGGGGAAGCAUGUUGUACUGACGUUGUCUCUGGUGCUGCGUUUUAUGACGAGAGAGCCAACGGUCAGUGAGUCGUUCGGUAAAUGUAAGCUCCAGUUCGUGCCUCUUCAGUAAUCAGUGUUUUUAUAUCUGAGACUUUGGUCACGAAUCGCUAUGAAAGUUUGUACAGACAUUCACAGCUGUUAAGAUGGUGAAUGCAAAUGACUCUGGUGACAUUUCAUCAAGCGCCAGGUCAAGUUUUUUUAGGUGUACAGUGAAAUAUCUCAACAUCCUCCUGGAUUGGAUUUGGAUUAUAUUCUACCGACGGAUAUGAACCAACGUUUGUCAGCUUUAGUGUACAGUGAAUUGAUAAAAUUUGACCCUUCCAUCCAUCCAUCCAUCCCUACAUCCAUUUUCUGCUGCUUAUCCGGAGUCGGGUCGAGGUGGCAGCAGGUUUAGCAAAGUAGUCCAGACGCCCCUCUCCCCAGGAAGAGGAAAUUUGACCCAUUUUUCACAACGUAUCUCCGUCCUUUGACCCAAACAAAGACGCACACUGAGACAAGAGGCAGUUCUCAUUUCAACUUUAGGUCGAGGAGUGGUGACGAAUCUCGAUCGUGCAUCAACAGCCUGGGGGGAUUAUUCUUGUCUCUUGGUGAGGAUCGUAGAAAAACCUACGUCUGUUACCUGAGUCUUCCACAGGAAACGUCUCAGAUAUUGUAGUUGACAAAACAAUCUCACCUCAAGGUCCAUUGAGCAGCAGCUCUACAGCUUUCGAUCGUACCGAAUGAUUGUUAUCAGCAGAUGAAGUCUGCCAGUUGCCAUGGAAAUGAACCACACGUCCUUAUUGUGCUCCGAAAAAAAAUGACCAUCUACAAAUCCGUAACAACAGGUUGAACUCCACCUGCUGAGGAAGAUCAUGCGAUAUGAUUGAAAGCACCAGUGAGAUUUUGUCUCGAAUAUAAAAUCAGAGGCACAAACUGGGGCAAAGUGAAUGAAUACUAAUGAUGAAUGUCAGUGAGUGAUUCUGUUUGAACGGGAGAGGUACCAGUUACACUUUAAGUCACAAACACCUGAAGGACAAUUCCAGUGUCAACUGAGUUUUCUAACAUCUCCAUUAGAGCUGCAGUACCAGCCAGCAUUACACUCAAGACCGAACUUUGUGUUUGCUCAGGUACAGUAGUGAUUUUAUAUUUAGGCGAACUUAUCAAAAUGUUCACACUGACUACAGGAUUUAAUUUAAAGCUCCAUAUUUUCUUCUUCUUCUGUGUUUUAUUUGAAGUGUUGAUCCAUCAGAAGAUAUAAAAACCAUCUCAGUGUAGUUUUACAUCUCCUCUCUCAGGCUUCUCUCUGCAGCUCUAGUAACAACAGGUCGGUGAGCCAAUCAGAGGAGAGGAGGCUCUGAGCCUCUCUUCUGAUUGGCUGACUGUUUUCUGAGUGAUCCAAUAAAAAUAAAGCAGAUUUCAGGUAAAAAUACUCAGAGAAACCAAAUCCUGUAAAGGUUUGGAUGGUGGGUCCAGGUGGGCGGGGCUUGGUGACUGCUUCGUUGUGACAUCACAAAGUUCCAGAAGUCCUGACGGCUGGUUUUAAGGCUCAGUUUCUGAAUACAGGCUGUGUGCAUUUCUCUGUGGACUGAGGCUUUGAUACUUUCACAGUAUUAAUAUAGAAGCUAGAGCUGAUCUAUAAUCACACUACACAUGCACAGAGACCUUUACACUGGAUGGAGCUUUAAUUCACAGAGUUCACCAGUUUUCAUUGUUUUUAGGAACCUAGAAACUGUGUGUAAAAGCAUUUGCUUGCAGCGCCAUGAGAAAAUGCUAAAUUCAGUUUAGUUUCAAAUGUAGGGCAACAAGUUUAAAUUGAUGCUUUAUGUUUAUAACAUUUAGUUUGAAUAACAAGUAAGAUAACAUAAUAUAAAACCAGCUGAGUAUAGCGAUGGAAAACUAAGUGGUGAUGCUGAAUUCAAUAGAAACUUAUCACACUGGGAUUGUCCUUGGAGUAAAAUGUCCACAUUUUUACCUGCAGUGUUCCCAGCGGGGAUACAUCCUUGUCUGGAGUCCCAUAAUCCUUUGCCCCGCCUCUGCUCCCAUGCCUUCUACAAGCUAACUAGCUCACUGCAGAGCCUCUGAUAGACAGAACGGUCAGGUUUUACCCUGGGUGCCAUCCCACCGCCACGUCUCCAGAGCAACGUUAUACGGCCCAGCAUCGUCAACAUCGGCCUGUAACCGGUCUGAGCCACAAACCACACGCUCAUCUCCAAACUCUGGUGCUGCUAGUUGUCUUCAACAUCUAAACCAUUUGUCACAGAACACUGGGUGAUUCUCCAGGCUACAAAUCAACAUUUGUCUUUAUCAUGACUUUUACCAUCUAACCUGGACCAGAAAAACAGGUAGAGUCACGUGUGACUGUGAAGUUUGAAGCUGCUCUACAUGUGCUGAUGUGACUUUUGGCCAGACGUAUGGGGAAAAAAAAGUCAUAAAAUGAAUUACGCAGUGUUUCCACAGAUAUAACGACAUAUUUGAGACCAAAACAAAUUGCAGUAUCUUUUCAAACUUUUAGAAAGUUUUGCCUCAUUCACCACAAUCUAAUUCAUCAUUGUUUGCCCGCAGUCAACAAUCAGAGGCAGCCUGCUGAGACAUCAGAUACGGCCUUGCUGUGGCACAUAUACAGCAUGACAGCCAAAACUUGGAUGUGGAAAAUAUAGGGCACCACAUGCUGGUGGCACAUGAUGUGCAUCAACACGAGACACGUGUCAGUGUGUCCUGUACCUAAACUACUCUGUUUGAUCUGGACUGAGAUCUGCCACAGGUAGCAGCACUCGGGCCAGGGUCAGCAGUCGGGGUCAGACCAGCGCACACGGGCUGAUUCUUGAACGUUAUCCGUCAUAAGUCCAGCAACCAGGUGAGCCGAAGUUAGGCCACUGUUGGGUCAAGCCAUUACAGAUCUAUGAGUCCACUUCGCUCUGAAAGUCGUCUACCAGACCGCGACGCUGUUCUUCUCAUAUUCACACACUGCCAGUCUAAUGGAGCAGCUGAUCAACAGAGCUGUUUGCAGUAUAUUUGUGGAAACAGGUGAUAGCUAGCUAGUUAGCAGAAUCACCAUCUUAUUCUUAAUGUGCUCACACUAGCUGCUGCUAGCUACACGAGCUAGUGUACUAAUUAGGUUUGUCAAAAACAAAACUGCAUCAUUAGUUGAUCAGAUGCAGUAGUUAGUUAGUUAGUUAGAUGAUACUGAAUGCACAGUACAAUCCAGUAUGGCCACCAGAUGUUGAGUUGAAACUGUGAGCCCCGAUGCUGCGUUCACACCAUGUGGAAUCGAACUACACGUUGGAAAACUAUUCAGAAUAACGUCUAAAUUUUUGUAAAUGCAGCAUAAUGAUGGAUUGAAUUUCCUACAAUCACUGUGGUGCCAACACGGCUGUUAAUAAACCCUCGUCUAUCAGCAGCUCUGCCUCACUUACACAACACCUUACCUGCAUAGUAUCAGUGAUCAUUCUAUUACUUGAAUAUAGUGCUACGAACUCUGUUUACAAAAUGCUGUCAACUUUUGGGAGACACAGUGUUGUCUUAUAAAGGCUGCUUGGUAUGUUCAGUUCAUCCACCCGGUGUAUCCAUUUAAUAACACACUGAAAUCGUAUAAACAUGAAACCUGCUGUUGCUUUUUUAUACUGUAUAUGCCUUAAUUCAUAUGUUUGGCAAUCAUGAUUAAAGGAUGUUUAUAUAUA